AUGUACCCGAGGCUCAUACACCCCCAUGAUGGGAUUGUGGCCCAGGAUGACAUGCAGGCUGCUACUUCCAACCUCUCUCACUCUCACAAGGGAGACCCUUGUCUCGUUCUCACUGCUGAUCCCAAACCUCGCCUUCGUUGGACUCAGGACUUGCACGAACGCUUCGUUGAUGCUGUCUCACAGCUUGGGGGAGCAAGUAAAGCUACACCAAAAGCAAUCAUGCGGACCAUGAAUGUCAAGGGUUUGACUCUGUUUCAUUUGAAGAGUCAUCUUCAGAAAUACAGGCUUGGUAAGCAAUCUGGGAAAGAUGUGGGUGAAGGAUGCAAAGAUGGUUCAUAUCUUUUAGAAAGCCCUGGCACUGAUAACACUUCUCCAAAGUUGCCAACGUCGGAUACAAACGAGGGUUAUGAAAUCAAGGAGGCAUUGAGAGCACAGAUGGAAGUGCAGAGUAAAUUACAUUUGCAAGUGGAGGCAGAGAAGCACUUGCAGAUUCGUCAGGAUGCAGAGAGGAGAUACAUGGCCAUGCUUGAAAGAGCUUGCAAAAUGCUGGCUGAUCAAUUUAUUGGUGCUACAAUUAUAGACACUGAGAGCCAAAAGUUUCAAGCAAUUGGAAGCAAAGCACCUAGAGGUAAUUUGGUUGAUCCUCUUGGAUUUUACUCCUUGCCAUCAGCUGAGGUGGCCGGAGUGAAUGUUCCGGAUGAAGAAAUACCACUGAGUGUCCCACCCCAAAGGGCUGAUUGUUCAACUGAAAGUUGUUUAACCUCGCAUGAAAGUUCUGGAGGAUUGACUUUAGAAGGAUCUCCAGGUGAGGGGAAAAGAAGGAUGCUAGGCAUGGACUCUAUGGCAGCACCAUUGAUCUGGAGUGAAGCUAAGAUGAGAACUCAGGCCAUCAAUGUGGCCCAAGGUAAUCAUCCUCAGGGAAUAACUAGGUAUGGCAUGUAG